AUGGCUGCAGAGGAUGAAAUCACCUCCACGGCUUCAAAUGAACUCGGCAGUCAAGAAAACAAAGCUGGAAAAAGUUGGUUCGGCAGAAAGAAGAAAGAAAAGUCUGAUGUAACUAAAAAGAAGACUGUAGAAAAGGAAACAGACCCGUUCCAGAAUUAUUCCGAGGAAGAUGCAAAGGUAUUGAGAGAUCAGGUCCAAUUGCCAACUCCUAGCGUUUCAUUGAGAACAUUGCAUAGAUAUGCUAAUAAAAAGGAUGUCGUCAUAUUGACCAUUGGUUAUAUAUGUUCCGUCAUAUCAGGAGCAGCAUUGCCCAUGUUCACACUGGUAUUCGGUAACUUGACGCAGGAGUUCAGUUCGUUCUUUACAUCUACAAAUGCUGAUCCUAACAAGUUCCAAGCGGCCAUUAAUCAUAAUGCAUUAUAUUUUCUAUACUUGGGAAUUGGAAUCAUUGUGUUCUCUUUUCUCGAUACCUAUAUACAUGUUGAUAGAGGAGAGGUAUUGACAGCACGGAUUCGUCAGCAAUAUUUGAAAGCUAUUCUACGACAAAACAUUGCAUACUUUGACAAACUAGGAUCGGGCGAAGUUACUACUCGUAUCACAAACAAUACCAAUUCGAUCCAAGAGGGAAUCUCCCAAAAGGCUGGCAUGAUUGUGAGUGGUCUAUCCACUUUUAUUGCUGCUUUAGUUAUUGGAUUUGUGAGAUCAUGGAGAUUGGCGGUUAUUCUGCUGUCAGUAGUAGCUGCCAUUUCCAUUUCAAUGGCCACUGGGUCUGUGUUUAUUGUCAAGUAUAGCACAAAAUCGAGUGCAGCAUAUGGCAAGGGAGCUACUGUAGCGGAGGAAGCUAUUUCUUCAAUCCGUAACACAAUUGCUUUUGGAGCCCAGAAGAGACUGGUCGAGAAGUUCGACUCUCAUUUGCGAGAAACCAUGAAAUUCGGUAUCUUUAAGGAUAGAUCAUUGACAGCUCUUGUUGCUUGGCUUUGGUCGGUGAUAUAUUUCACGUAUGCAUUGGCAUUCUGGCAGGGAUCACGUUUCAUUGCCAGUGGUGAGAUGAACGUGGGCUCGGUUGUUACAGUCAUCAUGUCCAUGAUGAUAGGAGCAUUCCAACUUGGUCAAAUUGCACCAUCACUUCAAGCUGUCACUGUGGCACUCUCCUCAGCAAAAACAGUUUUCGAAGCCAUUGAUAGAGUACCGGUUAUUGAUAGUGAUUCUAAUGAGGGCGAUAUAAUUGAAAAUAUUCAGGGCCAUAUUGAGCUAAAGGAUGUUCGAUUUGUAUAUCCGUCGAGACCAGAUGUAGAGGUAUUGCAUAGUCUCGAUCUGGAAGUCAAACCUGGUCAGACUGUAGCAUUAGUCGGCAUGUCUGGAUCUGGUAAGUCGACCAUUAUCGGUCUAUUAGAACGAUUCUAUCAACCGCUUUCUGGUAGCGUGAAGAUUGACGGUAGAGAUAUAAGCGAACUGAACCUGAAAUGGCUUAGACAGCAGAUUUCCUUGGUAUCCCAGGAACCAACACUUUUUGCGGUUAGCAUAUAUGAAAACAUUUGCUACGGAUUGAUCGGGUCACCUUUUGAAAACGCUCCUGAAGAGAAGAAACGCGAACUUGUAGUUGAAGCAUGUAAGUUUUCCAAUGCUUGGGAAUUCAUCCAGAAUCUGACUGACGGAUUGGAUACCAACGUUGGUGACCGUGGUUUUCUGUUAUCAGGAGGCCAGAAACAGCGUAUUGCUAUUGCCCGUGCCAUUAUCUCGAAUCCGAAGAUCUUGCUGUUGGAUGAGGCGACAUCUGCUCUAGACACCAAGUCUGAAGGAGUUGUCCAGGAAGCUCUUGACCGCGCAUCCAAAGACAGAACAACUAUUGUCAUCGCCCAUCGUCUAUCUACUAUCAAAGAUGCUGAUAAAAUCGUCGUUAUGUCUCAGGGAGAUGUAGUCGAACAGGGCUCACAUCAAGAGUUGUUAUCCAAGCAAGGCGUUUACUAUGAGCUUGUGCAAGCCCAGUCUAUCAGCAUGCACAUUGAGCAUCUAGAUGAACCUGUCGCCGAACUAUUACCGAUACCAGUCAAGCAAGAACCAGAGCCGGUAGUGAAAGACUUGGAUGACAUUGAAAUUUCUGAGUCUUUGUCCAGUAUUCCUGCAGUGACUGAGGAUUCCAAUGUCGAGGUUAAGCGCAAUGUAUUCCAGCUAAUUGGCCUGAUUCUUCGAUUCAAUAACGAUGAGAAGAAGUUCAUGAUUUUAGGAGCUGUUGCCGCUAUGUUUACUGGCUUUGGCUAUCCAUCUCUGUCCAUAUUAUUUGCUAAACUUACCCAAGCUCUUAUGGUGACUCCCGAACACUACGGUACCAUGCGUCAUAAAGUCAAUGUUUAUACUGGUUACUAUUUCAUGGUCGGAGUUCUGAUGUUUUGCCUUUAUCUUGUGAUGGUAGGCUGUCUAUCCUACUCGGCACAGAAACUUGUCCGAACUAUUCGGCUGAGAGUUUUCCGUCAAUACUUGCGCAUGGAUGUUGAAUUUUUUGAUCGGGAUGAGAAUUCGGCCGGCUCCUUGACUGCAACUUUAGCCAAGGAUGCUCAAGCAGUAGAAGGAUUUGGCGGUGCCACUCUGGGUCAGAUCCUGCAAUCCUUUGUAACCCUUUUUGGUGGAAUUAUCGUUUCUAUAGCCUUUAAUUGGAGACUGGGCCUUGUUGUAACCGCAUGUGUACCCGUGUUGGUGGGAUGUGGUUUCACGACAGUGUACGUCAUGCUUCAAUUGCAAGAGCGAGCAAAGAAAGUUUAUGAAAAAUCCAGUUCAUAUGCUUGCGAGAGUAUCUCUGCUGUUCGCACGGUUGCUUCAUUAACAAGAGAGGAUGGUGUCUGGAGGACAUACGCGGAUAGUGUAGAGGGCCAGGUCAGGCGGUCUCGUGCUGAUAUAGUGAGGUCGUCUCUUUUGCUUGCUCUUUCUCAAGGGUUGACUCCUUGGGUAAUGGGACUGGGCUUUUGGUAUGGAACGACUUUGCUGAAAACCUAUAGCAUCACCUCAUUUCAAUUCUAUGUUUCAUUCAGUUCAGUUGUUUUUGGAGCACAGGCAGCAGGUUCUAUUUUCUCGUAUGCGCCUGAUAUGGGUAAAGCUCGUCAUGCUACCAACAAUAUCUUUAAAAUCUUGGAUGUCACACCAAAGAUUGACACCUGGUCGUCCGACGGUGAAACUUUAGAUGUCGAUACUGUAAAGGGAAAUGUGGAGUUCCAGAACAUAUACUUCCGAUAUCCGACUAGACCACAUGUACCUGUUUUACAGGGAUUGAAUCUCAAAAUCGGAACUGGUCAGUAUGUCGCUUUGGUUGGUGCAUCAGGAUGUGGCAAGAGUACUACAAUCAAUCUCAUCGAGAGAUUCUAUUCUCCAUUAUCGGGUCGGGUUCUAUUAGAUGGUCAUGAUAUUUCGAGUUUAAACAUUAACGCAUAUCGAAAUCAUAUUGCCCUUGUACAACAAGAACCAAUUCUAUACAGCGGCUCGAUUAGGGAAAAUAUCAUGCUUGGAAUAAUGGAUGGUCAAAAUGCGACCGAGGAAGAUAUGUAUGCUGCUGCCCGCAAAGCCAACAUCCACGAUUUUAUCAUGUCACUACCUGAUGGGUAUGAAACCUUUGCAGGAGCAAAGGGUACGUUAUUAUCCGGAGGACAAAAGCAACGAAUCGCAAUUGCUAGAGCACUUAUUAGAAAUCCAAAAGUGCUGCUAUUAGACGAAGCUACAUCCGCUCUAGAUAGUGAAUCUGAAAAGAUCGUCCAACAAGCAUUGGACGAAGCAGCCAAAGGUCGGACCACAAUUGCUGUUGCUCAUAGAUUGUCAACAAUUCAGAAAGCUGAUAUUAUUUACGUGUUUGACGAGGGUAAGAUUCUCGAGUCGGGAUCCCACCAACAGCUGCUAGCCAAUCGCAGUAAGUACUACGAAUUGGUGCAAAUGCAAUCAUUACACCAGUGA